AAAAAAUACUCUGCAACGACUAUAUCUUGUAAAAGAACCUUUAAAUGGCUGUGGAACGUGAUUUUAACGACGUUUUAGACGAUAUUUUUGUGCAUGAGGAAACAUCGCAUAAAAAUAGUUUUGAAGAGGGAUUCAAGGCCGGUAAAGAGGCAGGGAACCCUGAAGGGUACCACUUGGGCUACCACAGAGGUGCUGAAUUAGGGAGAGAACUGGGAUAUUACUUAGGCACAGUGACACAUCAUUUAAAUAUUAACGAGAACUCAGAAACAAAGUAUUCUGACAAAAUCUUGAACCAGCUGACCAAAGUAAAGGAACUUAUUGACACAUUCCCUCGCACUAACUCUGAGGACCAUGAUAUAUUGGACAUGGCGGAGAAGAUAAGGGCACAGUAUAAGAAGACGUGUGCACUCUUGAAAAUACCAUCGAAUAAUCCUUAUGAUGCUGGUGUAUCGUUUUAGAAUA